CCAAACCUAAGUAAGCAUGGCAUUCCUUGUGAUCCUCCUCUUCCUACCUCUUAUAUACCUCUUCCUACGUAAACCAUCUCCCAAAAACCUUCCCCCGGGUCCAUUUGCAUGGCCCAUCAUAGGAACCCUCCUACCCAAGCUCAAAAAACAGCCCCACAUCGAACUCUCCAAGCUAGCCAAUACCUAUGGCCCACUCAUGCUCCUCAAGUUCGGGGUCGAGCCCGUGGUCGUUGCAUCGAGCCACACCGCAGCAAUGGAAGUCCUCAAGGACCAGGACCGCGUCCUAUCAGGCCGCUUCGCACCCCACAGCACCCGCAUCAAGGGCUACAUCGAGCACUCCAUGGUGUGGGCCGAUUGUACGGAUUACUGGAAGAUGAUACGUAAGAUAUGCAGGACAGAGCUCUUCUCGACCAAGAUGUUAGACGCGCAAGCGUCCGCAAGAGAGGCGAAAGUCGUUGAACUGAUCGAAUUCCUCCGUCGCAAGGACGGUGAGGUCGUGAAGUUCGCUGACGUGAUCUUCGGUGCUAUUUUGAAUGUGCUCGGUGCACUCAUUUUCAAUAAGGAUGUUUUUGAUUUUGAGGACAAGACGGAUAAUAACUUGGGAAUGAAAGGGAUGAUUCGGCAGCUGAUGAUCUUGGCGUCGAUCCCGAAUCUGGCCGAUCUGUAUCCGAUCCUCGGUCGUUCGGAUCUCCAGGGGCUGAGGAAAGCAUCAGCGGUGUGUGUGAAGCGGAUGAACGAUUCAUGGGCUGGGAUCGUGAAGGAACGAAGGGCGAGUAACGAUCAAUCCAAGAAUGAUUUCUUGCAAGUGCUGAUCGACGCUGGAUUUACCGAUGCACAGAUCGACGCCAUGCUAUUGGAAACAUUCGGACCCGGAUCCGACACCAGUACCUCCACCAUCGAGUGGGCCAUGGCAGAACUUCUAAGGAACCCCACCAAGCUGAGAAAGGUCCGAGAAGAACUAGACAAGGUGAUCGGACCAAACAGAGCCGUCAAAGAAUCUGACCUGCCCCAUCUUCCUUACCUCCAUGCAUGCGUGAAAGAGACGCUUCGGUUACACCCUCCGGUCACAUUUCUCCUGCCCCACCGAGCCAUCGAGACCUGUGAGGUGAUGAACUACACCGUCCCUAAAGACUGUCAGCUUAUGGUGAAUACUUACGCAAUCGGUAGAGACCCGAAGACCUGGCCAAACCCCUUAUCCUUCACACCCGAGCGCUUUCUAGAAUCUGAUGUUGAUUACCAGGGGAACGAUUUCCACUACAUACCAUUUGGAGCUGGAAGGCGGAUCUGUCCUGGGCUGUCGUUGGCAACACGAGUCGUACGGUUGAUUCUUGGAUCUCUCAUCCAUACCUUUGAAUGGAGCCUUCCUAAUGGUAUGAAUCCAGACGAACUCGAUAUGACUGACAAGUUCGGCCUAGCACUCUUGAAGGAUGAGCCGCUGCUUGUCAUCCCAAAAGCGAGAGCUUAAACACUCAUGGAGUUCCUCUUUUCUUAUCUGCAUUUGUGUUUGUUAUCUUGUAUUUAAAGAACCAUGUCUAUUAGAUGGUAAUGAUCUUUGAUCUUCUUGUAAGGACUGUGAUUUGAAAUGGUUCACACCUGUUCUAAAGCUUUGCAUCUUAUAAUAAAAAUGUGAAUUUAGAUCGGACUAAA